AUGUGUAAGAUGAAUCUUCCUUUUAUCUACUCUUUCAUCACAACAUCAACAUUCUUCCAUAACCAAUCACAAAUGGGAUUAUUUUCCAAAAAAUCUAGUAAAAAUGAUAUUUUAGAUAAUAUCGAUGUUAAAGGACUUCCACAUUUUAGUAUUAACCAUAAAACUACUAUUAAAAUCGAAAUCGCAAAAGAUAAAAAUAUUAGAAAUGAGUAUGAUGUAUUGAAGAAAUUGAAUAAAGUGAUGAAAUUACAUAAUGCUGAUAAGAUAUUGAAUGAGAGACAAACUAGACGUUACCCAAGGCAUCAUUUUAAGAGAAUGAUAAAACAGAGUAAAGGAUUCCAGAUGAGUGAUGCUAGAAGAGAAGCAUAUUAUUCCAAACAUACAGAUAUUCCAAUUGGAGAUGAUAUAGCACUUCUGAGAAAUAAACAUAUGAAAAAUAUUAUGGAAUCAAUUAAAUAUUAUGAUUCUUGGCUAAACGCAUCAGAAGAAAGGAAAAAUAUGUUACAAAGUUAUUGUGAAAUUGAUUAA